GGAGUGCAGUGUUGCUAUUUAGUUGUUGUAGUAACCAGGAAGAUUAACAGCGAUGAGCAACACUCCCUGCAUAUAUAAGCUAGUUAGCUUUUAGCAGUCUCCCUGAAAUAAAGGGAAGUUUAAUGUUUUUUGGACAAGAGGUACCUCUGUGUUUUUCCCCCACUUCAAAAAUCUGCAUGUAAUAUCGUCCGCUCUGUGUAGCUCACAUCGAUGAUGUUUUUGUUUUUAAAAAUUUAGUUGCGUGUCAAUUUCUUGUAGCUAAUAUUUGUUCGACUGUCUGGAUUUACCAUUUGUAAUGACAAACGACUGUUUUUUCCUAAAGGAGGGAGCUACAAUGGCACCUGAUCCAAGAAGGAUUUGAGCUCUCUCUCACUGUGGAGAUGCCAGCGGUUGCCCGGGAUAAGGAGGAUUUGGAAUCCUCUGCUGAAGACGAACAUGAGGGCCAUCCUUGUAUUGCCUGGAGUGGCCUUACCAGGACAAUCCCAAUCUUCUUGUUUUUCCCUGAAGCCAUUGUUUCGAAGGAUGGAACUAUCUAUGCUGGUGGAGAGCGAUACAACAUGACCUUCAAGAUUGUGCGCACAGAGAGUCGCCUUGUGCGGGGGAUACUGACCAAUCAUGGUUUCCAUGAGGUUCAUUCAAAUAGCAACGAUUUUAACCUCAUGUGGACAGGAUCACACCUGAAGCCUUACCUACUCCGAAGCCUUCAAGAUUUCCAGAAGGUCAACCACUUUCCCAGAUCUUAUGAACUGACCCGCAAAGAUCGGCUUUAUAAAAACAUCCAACGAAUGCAGGAGGCCCAUGGCUUCCAAAACUUCCACAUAGUUCCACAGACUUUUGUGCUUCCGUCGGAAUACCAGGAAUUCUGCAGCUGUUAUGCCAAAGACAAGGGCCCGUGGAUAAUUAAACCAGUAGCAUCUUCGCGAGGACGAGGCAUCUACUUAGUCAGCAAUCCAAAUCAGAUAUCAGUUGAUGAGAACAUUUUGGUGUCCCGCUAUAUUCAUAACCCUCUACUGAUAGAUGAGUUCAAGUUUGAUGUGCGCUUGUAUGUGUUGGUCACAUCAUACGAUCCACUCCUCAUCUAUGUAUAUGAGGAGGGCCUCGCUAGAUUUGCCACCGUCAAGUAUGACAGGACUGCAAAGAAUAUUAAGAACAACUUCAUGCAUCUCACCAACUACAGUGUGAACAAAAAGAGCAGCGAUUAUGUCAGUUGUGAUGACCCUGAGGUUGAGGACUACGGGAACAAGUGGAGUAUGAGUGCAGUGUUGCGCUACUUGAGGCAGGAGGGGAAGGACACCGCACUGUUGAUGAGACAGGUAGAGGAUGUGAUCAUCAAAGCUGUGCUCGGUGCACAGAUGCAGAUCGCCGGCGCGUGCAAGAUGUUCAUUCCUUACCAGACCAACUGCUUUGAACUUUAUGGAUUUGAUGUGCUAAUUGACUCCAACCUAAAGCCCUGGUUGUUGGAGGUGAACCUUUCUCCAUCUUUGGCCUGUGAUGCCCCCUUGGAUUUGAAGAUAAAGGCCAGCAUGAUUGCAGAUAUGCUCUCACUUGUGGGCUUGGUGUGUCAGGACCCUCUGAUGAGUAAGCCACGCUCCGACCCCAGCCUCAAGCAGCCAGCCCAAAGAACACAGUGGCAGAGGCCCCCAGCAGCCACUAACAGUGAACCAGUGGAGUUGAAAGACAAGCCAGGAGGAGACAGCAUUCUGGGCUUGACUGUUGAGCAGAUCAAAGUCUUGAGGAGGACAAGGGAGGAGUAUGAAAGGAGAGGAGGCUUCGUCCGAAUAUUCCCCACUGAAGACACAUGGGAGCUCUAUGGUGGAUAUCUGGAGUCCAAGACAUCAUUGAACUCAAUGUUGGCAAACAGACUUUUCCAUGGAAGGAAUCCGAGCGGGAAUGCGCAGCUGCAGAUGGACACAAUUGAUGGCUACCACGCCGUCCAGUACGAGAGGAAGCUGCCGUCUCUGGAGGCCCGUAAGAGGAGACGGCACCACCUGAGUCAUCGCUCUGCUGCUGGAAAGAAGAAAUGGGGGAAGGAAUCCAAGGCCUCCCUGAUGGAGAGCAGUGGCCUGGAGGGAGAGGACUGCAUACAGGAGGAAAGAGCGGAGAUGAAACAUGUUCUCAAGCCAGUCUCACACAAGGAUUUGGUAGCAGAGCAAAGAAAACAAGUGGCUUCACCAGUGCAGAGCUCUCACAGCGAGGCUGUGUCCAGCUCGCCGAAGGCAGCAACGCGCAACAGCAGGCCCCAUGUCAGCCUGCUUCACUUCCUCCAGCAGGGGGGGGACAUCAGGUCAGGUAAAGUGCAAGCCCGGAUGACCUUUUCCUCUUACCUACAGCGGGUUCAACAGAGACUUUUGGAAGAGAGCAGGGUCAAAGGCAUUCCAGCUUGGGUAGACAAGGACAAUGACCAAAUGGAGCUUGUAGUUCGCUUCCUGAGAAGGGCUGCCAGUAACCUCCAGCAAGACGUUAAGAUGGUUAUGCCCAGUCACCAGCUACCAGUCCAAGACCGCAGACGCAUCCUGUCCCACCAGCUAGGAGAGUUUAUUCAAUGUUACGAAAAGGAAACUGACCAUAUAGUGAAAAAACAGCAGAACAGUACAGAGGAGAAGUGUGUUGCCGCCAGUGUGUUUCAUGACUACAUCACGGCUGCGAGUGAAAGUGAUCUGGAGGAAGUACUGACGUUCUACACACAGAAAAAUAAAUCAGCCACCGUCUUCCUCGGAAAAAAAGUCAGGCGUGUUAAAAAAGCCUUUCAUGAAAUACGUGCCUCCGAAGAGCCAGGCAACUGUAAGACUUCCAAAAUUCUGCCUGUGGCCAAAGCGGAUUCCAGCUUGUUAGAAUCAACGCCCUCCACAGGAAAAGUCAGCAGUGACACAGACACCAAGGUCACUGAAAGUCAACCCCUGGUUUGUUUGUCUGAAGGCCAGCUGACCGGAUUUGGACAUGCAAAAAUCCAUCCGCAAAGCCGGGCUUCCCAACCCUGCUCGAGCUUUCCCGUGACUUCAGACUUCCCCCGUAUUCAUCAACAGAGCUGCUCUCUCAACCCUUCGUCCCUGCGUCGUCAUCGUUCUCCACCUCUGCCGCUUCGCCCGCAUCCUCCAUCCUAUGCACAGUCCUUGGCAAAGUCUCAAAUCUGCCAGACUGAGACACUCGACGACUCUCCUGUUUACACCCCUCCCCCUGUGUCUAUGGCGCAACCAACCCAGGUUCUCUGGAGGGUCCCAUCUUGCGCAGUGCUCACAUCAAGCUCCGGAGCAUCUUCCUCCAUCACCAGUGCCCUACACAUCUAUAGCAAGAAGCUCUCUAGACCAACAUCUGCAAGCCAAGUGUCCAAAAUGCACAGUUCCAGUAAGGUGAAGUCAAACUCCAAGGGGGACUACAGAGAGUUGAACUCUCUUAGUGUCCAGGCGCAGUCCAACCAGCAGGCCUUCAUCUCAGCCCUCCAGAAGCUGGCAGACAAACAGGUUGCUCGCACCACUGCCGCCUCCAGUCACGUCAACCUUCUGACGCAACAUUUGACCAGGCUCAACUUGGCUAGCCGGAUGUUGAGUGGAGAGAAGCAAAAAAUGCACCCAUUUGCCCAUAGCCAAGGACUCAAUGGGCCGGACCACUCUGCAACUGAUCCUCUUAGAAACAGGAUACAUCACGGGUGGAUGACAAAUGGAGAGGCUGCAAGUGACAGGCAGAAUCGCAGCGACUUCAGCUCCGUGAUGGGGGCCAAUCCUGAGCGCGUCUGCCAUCCUGUGCGAGGAAACCAUCAGCAUCAGUUCGCUACGCAGCAAACGCAACCGCAAAGAAUUCCCCCACGGCGCUUCUUAGACCAGAACCGUUGUGGACACCAGGAUCAACAUUCAGAUGAAACAAGCACUCCCCAUGCUGCUGAGGUUCCCACAAAAUCUUCCAGCCUUCCUGGACCACCCCAUCGCAGUCACAUCCGGACCCGUGAUAGUCCCGUUCUCUCCCCAAAGCCACCCAGCGAGGCCCGAGAGGGCCCGAUCAGGAAACCAGCAACAACGCGCUUCGUCAAGCAGCCGUCCACUCAGAGGUCAGCCUAUGGAAGCGUGACCAGCGGGCAGCAUUUGGUCUACGAAGCCUUCUGUGCUAAGACAGGCCUUUCGGCGUACCGUAAACUGCUACAGGCCCGGGAGGCCAGAUGACACCAGCGCGACCAGAGGCGCGUCCUGCCACCGUGCUGGCCUGACAGGUGUCUCUGCAUGUAACUUACGCAUACACCCAGGCACCCUGGUGUAUUCUGGGAAAGAACAACAGCCCAAAGCGUGCCAGGCUCUUAUUAAUUUGUCCGUCAUACUGCCACAGACAUGGCAGGAGAUCGCGUGCCAGGCACGGAAUUCCCAGCUUUGACGCAGGUUGGGAUUUGGUCGCGCAGCCCAAUAUCAGAUGGCCUUUUCCAGCCUUCGCACGGUCUCCGCGCCAACAGUUUCCCUCCCUCAUUCUCUCCGCGCUACCGAUGCCACGGAAAGAUUUCACAGGCAGAUAGCUUUCAACAGAUGCCCCGCUGGUAUUUAGUAUGCAAGCUAUUCACAUGAACCCACCCCUGCCACCAACCAGAGACAUCCCGUGAAUGGUAAGCACGCAAACAAGUUCCUGGCAUUAGAGACUGACUUCGAGUCCAGGAUGAAAACAAACGGUUACUAAAUCCUCACUGCUCGAAGGUUUGUUUAAUUAUAGCAACCGUUGAUUAAACUGACAUGUUUAUGUUUUUAUGGAUAGACCUACUUUAAUAACAUGAGUAAAUUAUUGUUGUUAUUACACUGUACGUAAGUAGGCCUUUUUGGGCUGUUGCUGCAGCACAAAAGAAGAACCUUGAUUAAGUUAAUGGUGUACAUGCAGACCAGCAUUCUCAUAGAUAUAUAAAGAGGUCACUCAGGGCGUCCUAUUAAUAAAACCAUUCUGAUGUAUAUCUUUACAUUGAGCAUAAUGUAUGUUUGUGAUCACUUUAACUGAAAUACUUGAAUUUCAAGCAUGUCACUCUCAUACGUUGUUGAUUAAGGUGUUUAGUUUGCGCAGAUUGUCAUAUGAAAUUUCGGGAUUUUCAUUGGUUGUCACAUCAAACGUGUUUUUUUUUUUUUUUUUUUUUUAACGCCAGCAGCAUGCUUUAGUACAAGAAUCCAAAUCCAAUGUUCUAAUGCGGUGUAGUUUACAGACAAUGCGUUCAAUUGCUGACUGUUUACAACACUCAUGCAUGGAAGUGGUCGCUGUUUUUUUUGGAAUCCUUGAUGCUGUUCGUAGCGACGUGAGACAGACAUGCCGAUCAUAUCCAAACCUACACUCAACAUUCAGUAAAUAAAAUGGAAUCUGAUGACC